CUGGCGCCAGACCGCGCUCGCCGCCUACACCGCCAAGCCUGUCCCCCCAGCGGCCGUGGAGGCUGCUGCCCGCCCCCUGCCACCUCUGCCUGGCCUGCACUCGCCCUUCCUGUACCGCCGCUGGUAUCGCUGCCAUGCGGACCUCUCCUCCUUCCUGCCGCCCCCGGGCGCCCCCUCCGUCGCCCGGGUUAACGCAACCCGCAUGAGCCCGCAGCAGUUUUCGCAGCUGUACGACAGCCCCUGCAUGCCGGUGCUGCUGGAGGGGCUAAUGGCGGACUGGCCAGCUGCCUCCUGGUCGCUCCCCUCCCUGUGCGCCGCCUUCCCCUCCUCGCGCUUCAAGGUGUCUAAGCCGCACGGCGGACGGGCGCUCAUGACGCUGCCCGCGUACGUGGACUACAUGGCCAGACAGUCUGAUGAGGAGCCGCUGUACGUCUUCGAUGCGGGCUUUGUGGAGGCGGCUCCGGGCAUGAGGCAACUGUACGACGUUCCCCACGUGUUCACAACCGACUACCUGGAGACCCUGGGAGCCGGGCGGCCGCCCUACCGCUGGCUGGUGCUGGGACCCGCACGUGCGGGCGCCUCCUGGCAUGUGGACCCCAGCCUGACCACUGCUUGGAACGCGCUGCUAUCAGGCCGCAAGCGCUGGGCGCUGUACCCUCCCCACAUGCCUCCCCCCGGAGUGCUGCUGGACGGCGACGGCGAGGAGGUGCACCCCGCGGAGGACUCCCUCACCUCGCUGCAGUGGUUCCUGGAGGUGUACCCGGGCCUACCGCCCGACAGAAGGCCCAUUGAGAUCCUGCAGCAGCCGGGCGACGUCGUGUUCGUGCCGGGCGGUUGGUGGCACUGCGUGCUCAAUCUGGACACCGCGGUGGCGGUCACGCAGAACCACGUGAGCGGGG